GCGGCCGUUGACCGACCCCCCAAAUACUCGCCCGUUUUCUUCUUCUUUUCUUUUUGCCAUACUGCCCCUCCGGCGCCGCCCCGACUCGAGCGCUGCUGCUUGCGAGCCGCCACCAUGACUACCGGCUUCGCUGCGUCCUUCUGGUCCAGCGACUAUGCGGGAGGCCUGGGCGUUCUCUUUGGGAAGCUCCAGCAGGGAGUGCAGGAGAACCAGCAGAUCCUGACCGUUGCCCGCAUGCGGGCAGAUGCCGAGGAGGUCUACGGAAACUCGCUGUCGGCCAUUACACCAGCCACGGAUCGCAUAGCCGGGGGCUUCAGCAGAGAUGAGGGCGCAAGCGUGCGAAAGGCCUACGAAGGUGUGCGCACCGAGAUGGAGGCCGCCGCCGCAAACCACAAGAAGAUUGCAUCCAACAUCCGCGAGCUUGUCGUGAAUCCCUUUGGCCGCUGGUGCGAGGCACACGCCGCCCGCGUGCAGAACUCGCAGGAUGACCUCCAGGCGCGCAUCAAGCUCCACGACCGCCAGGCCGACGCUGUUCGCAAGUACCGCUCGCAAUACUACAACAAGUGCCGCCUAGUGGAGGAUCUCGAGGAAGAGGACAAGCUCGCGUUCCAGGACCCCCAGAGCGAAGCCGCACAGAGCCCAAAGGUGAAGGUGCCCACCAUCAAGAUGUCCGAGCCCGACGAGGACGAGGAGGAGCCCAUUGAUCUUGGCGACGAGACGUACCAGCCGGACCAGCUCAAGAAGAUCCUGACGCACAUGCUGGACAAUAUCAAACUCGGCGAGGUCAAGGUCCCGAUUCUGGGCACCUACCAGAACUGCUCGACUGGUGCCGACAUCACCGAAUACAUCCAAAAGCACAUGAACGCCACCACCGUGAGCUACGCCGAGCGCAUCGGUCAAGACCUGGUGACACACGGUUUCCUGCGUUUGGUUGGCAACGUCGGCAACACGUUCGCAAACAGCUCCCGAAUGAACUACCAAUGGAAGACCAAGGCUUUCCAGGUGACUGGGCUGCCCGAGAAGAAGCAGCCCAUGGCUCGUUCGUCGACUACCAUGUCAAACUCAUCCGCCGACAGCAUCGCCGUCGACUCUCCUGUCGGAACCGUGCAAGAGUACCUACAGGGAUGGAACCCACUCAACAACCAAUACCCCAACGAGACCCCAGCAGAAAGGCUGAGGCGAGAGGCUCGGGAAGCUGAUGAGCGAUACAAGGCGUCGGUGAAGAAGCUCGACUCGUUGCGCUGCAACCUGGAAGAGGCCAUGGUGGACCAUCUCAAAUUCAUGGAGCGCUGCGAAUUGGAUAGGCUCAAGGCCAUCAAGGCGGUCAUCUUGGACUUUUCCGGUGCCGUGAGCAACGUCAUCCCUAGCUUGCAGAGCACCGUCGACAAGAUGAUGCUUUUCCAGGAGACUGUCCAGCCGCUGGGCGAUCUCCGGUACAUGCUGGAGAACUACAGGACAGGGCCCUUUGUGCCGAGAGUCACGACUUACGAGAACUACUACAACUCUGUGGAUGAACAAACAUUUGGUGUAGAUUUGGAGGCUCGGGCGCGCUCAGACAAGAAGCGCGUGCCCGUAAUCAUAACGACCAUUCUUACUUUCUUGGAUAACCAUUACCCUGACCUCGAGGGCGACGAAGCCCGCCGGGGCAUCUGGCUUGUCGACGUGGCUCUCUCCCAAACCCAUAACCUGCGAUCCGAGAUCAACACCGGCAAAAGGUUCCCGGAUGAGUUACUGGAGAAGUACGACGUGCCGAUUGUUGCCAGCGUUCUUAAACUCUAUCUUCUUGAACUUCCUGAUUCUUUGGUUUCUUCGCAUGUUUACGAGAUCGUCAAGACCAUUUACAGCACGACUGCUUCGGACGUAACCGAAGAGACGAGGAUCUCUGUUAUUCAGUCGACACUUGGCCAACUGCGUCUGGCUAAUAUCGCGACACUUGACGCCAUCUGCACACACUUUACUCGUCUCAUUGAGCUCACGUCGGCUGACGAGACGUACGUCGCGGCACUGGCCAAUGUACUGGCGCCAUGCAUUCUGAGGCCCAAGCAAGACUCGAGUCUGACGAUGAAUGAACGAUACAGCUACCGCCUGGUGCGCGACUUGUUUGCGCACAAGGAUGCCAUUUUCGGAGAACUCAAGCGUGCCAGUACGCUUACACACUCAGCGUCUGGCGCCCAGCGGCCACGGGCAAUCUCGACAGAUGAGAGCAACCGCCGGGCAAACAUGGAGGAGCGACAGCGCGCGAUUGCGGCCCAGCGAUCACCGCGGGCAACGUCACCAGCGCCCAACUCGCGCAUCUCGGGCUCUCACCGCCGUGAUCGAAGCCAGACUCGAUUCCCGGUCAACACAUCAUCGCCGACGGAUUCGCGAAAGACCAACGGCAACCGCGGAUCUUUGGAAGUGCCUGGAAGCGACGACAGUUCGACCAACGAAGUGACUCCGUCGACGACGAACGGCAGCACCGAGGCUGCUCCCGCACCCGCCGAGCACCCCGCCCCCUCAAGCACUCGGGUACCUUUCCCUCGGAAGCAUGCUGGCAGCUUGACGAGAGGCAACCGAGACUCGACGGGCAGCUUGAAGAGCGAAGACACGGCGCCGCGGGGCGUGACGCUGGAGGACAAGCCCAUGGACGACUAGUGGUAGACAUGGUGGCGGCUUCAGUGUGCAUGUAAUUCCGGGACCAAGAGGACAUGAGAUCCGACCUAGGCCGUCCGGCCCGCGCAGUAGCUCCUUUGCAGAUCAACAAGCGACUUGGAUGCACACAGGCACUGGCUGGGGCUCGAGAUGGACCCAGAGGGCAGGUGGCACGAGGGACGUAGUGACGGCAAUGUCUGACGAUGUGAACGGGGCAUGAUAAGAGAGGACUGGGAGGGCUUGGCGAGAUGUCGAGAGGGUGCAUGUAUAAUUUGAGAUAGGCCGUGGGCGGCACAUGUAGUGUUUUUGCAUGUUGGGAUGCGGCAUGAUGGUCACGAGGGUUUACGGCCAGCGGAAUAUUACG